UGGAUGGAAGGUUUUUCCACAAAAUGAAAUGAUUCCACCUCGGUGUUUUUCUUCUCUCUGCCGGCAGCACGAAGACACAGUCCUGAGGCAUGUCUGUCUUGGAGAAGAGUAUCAAGACCGAAGAAUAUGCCAAACCCAUAUCAGGAAUCUCUGAUCAUUUACUGAACACGCCAGUAUUCUCCUCUGGAGGAAGCGUAUUAGAACUGUCAAUGCAGUGCCCGUACGAGAACAUGACGCCAAACGGGGACCAUUCAGAUCUCCUAACACACGUCAGCUUCAUCGACUCCAUCUACGCCGAAGGACCCGCCAAGGCCGCCUACGUCAACGGGUCAAGUUCGCCCCAUAUUUCGGACGAAGUUCUGCUGGACAUCUCCAAGAACGUGCCGGGGUUCCUGCCUGAAUCGGCGCAAGCACAAAAUUCUCCCAGUACGACCAGCGUCCAGUUGGAGGAAUGCGACCCGCUCCAGAAAGACCAUGAAGCGACUGCCAGGCAGAUGUUUACAGCAGGAGAUGUGGAAAACCAGGGAAUGUGGGGCUUUGCCACGGACUCUCCGGAGAACUCUCCAGAGGACAGUUGCGACGAUGGAGAACAUCUGGACUGGAAUCCCCAUAAAGAGUUCCUGGACUUCCUAAUGGAGGACACUGAGGAGAUAACGGCCACUUCGAACUGUAGGAAAAGGAAGCGUAAAAUGGACAUGGUGGUCAUGGUAGAUCCGUCAGAAGACGACGGUGACCAUGUUAAACUAGACUCAAAACAUUAUCACCAGGACGAAGGCAGCCAAGGAGCUCAAAAGUCAAAGUACUCAAACGGAACCAAAGUGACCUUUGAACACUUCUCCCCCAAACCAGUGAAAAGUAGGAAAACCAGUCAAAACCAUACAUUCGUCCGAGGAUGCAUAUCUAUAGAAUCCGGCUCAAACGUAGAGUCUACGUUAUUACCGAGCAAUAAAAGCUACGAAAAGAAAUCAGACUCACAAACGCACAUGAAGAAAAAUACAAAAGAGAAACCGUUUAUAUGCAGAGAGUGUGAGAGAUCCUUCUACGAUCGCGACUCUCUUCUGGAACACGUAGCCGUUCACCAGAAAAAGAAGAAGAAAAAUCUUCCAGACGUUAAAGAACCCAAUAAAACUAAAGACAAGGGCAAGAACAGACGGUUACACUGUCCACAGUGCUCCUUCGGAACCAACUGCCCGAACGACUUCGUCCAACAUGCCAAAACCCACGAGAAGGAGAAGCGGUAUCAUCCGUGUCCGAAGUGUAACCACACGGCUCUGAACGAGGUCGAUCUGGUCGGCCACUUGAUCCGUAAGCAUCCCGUCACUCAGGAGAAACCGUUGAAAAAGUGCAAGCAGGACGGGCUGCAAAGCGGGAAACGGAAAGUGGGCGCGGCGGGUAGGAGCGCGCCAACGUUGUGUAGGUCGAAAAAGAAAAAAAACAACAAGGUUGUUAAGAAUCACACGAAGGUCCCACACCGACCCGUUUUAAAUAAAGAAGAAGAGAAAUCGUCUCACGGUUCGGAAAGUAGUAAAAACUGUUUACCGUCAGCUAAACCCUCUAAACCCAAAAAAACCCAACCGUCGGAAGGUUGUAGACUUUUAGAAAUCGACAGAACGAAGUGGAAAGACUCUGUCAGCAAUAAAUUACCCAAGAGUAAAUCCGUACCUGACAAAUCCAUUAAAACGCCUUCACACAAAAAGAAAACCAACCCUGAUCCCAACUUGGACCACACUUGUGUCACCCAAAACAGUCCAGAUGUUGGUAAAUCCACCACCAAGAUGUCUAGAAAUCUGGAGGCCAAGUUACCCCUCAACAAGGCAUCUAUACCCCCUUCCAAAAGCAAAGGGGAACAACUUGCGCUAAAGAAAGUGACUUCAGUCAGCGUGGACCCUGAUUUAUUCAGCACUUACGAUGGCGCUUCUGAAGGAGAGAAGACGAGCACCGAGUACCAAUCUGUACGGCCAACGAAGUCAAAGCCUUUAAAGAAGUCCCCAUCCAAAAGGAAAGCGUCGACUCCAUUCCACAACCUCCAGGGCCAAGAUAUUCUGAUCGACUUCCCCAAAUGCAGGCAGAUGUUUGAGCAGAACUCCAGCCUGUACCUUCUAAACAAACAUGAUCCUGACGGCAUCAACGGGCAGUUCUGUAGUGACAGUUCACCCCCUGCGAAGGGAAGUCCGCGUGCCUUCUGCGAUCCCUCCGAGCGAGAUUUCCCUCCGGCUUUACCGCAGAUGUUUUCCAUCAAGGAGGAAUGCACGGAAACGGAAGUGUGGCCCGAUACCACCGAGUCGGGUUCAGUAUUAAUGAACGGGGGCGUGACGGUGAAUCUGAAACGGUGCCCCUAUUGCCCCGCACUGUUCGAGUCAGGGAUCGGUCUGUCCAACCACGUACGAGGGCAUCUGCACCGGGUGGGUGUGAGCUACGACGCCCGGCAUGUCGUUUCUACGGCUGAAGUGGCGUGUCAUGAUAAAGGGCCCCAUCGCCGGAGGGUGCAUGCGGUACCCCGGAUUCAGAAAGAUGUGGACUUUCCAGAUGCCGUCCAGUCCCCGAGCGACCCCCCUCCGGAGCAGAAGUACAACCUCGUGUGCCCCCUGUGUAGAGAGCGGUUCGAAUCGAGGACGGGAUUAUCCAAUCACGUCCGGGGCCACCUGAAGCGUCUGGGGAAGCCGUGCUCCACGACGACCACCAAAUCGCCCGUGCUCGUCCUCAAAACGCUGAUGCGCAAUAAACAGUACCAUUCCAAACUCCAGGCCCUGAAAAACAAAAAGAGAAGCAGGUCGAGGAACGCUUUCAAUCCCUUCAGAUUAAAAAACGGUCUCAUCGCCUCCGCCGCCAAGGUGCAGCGCCUCGUACAAGCCGAUCACGUCUCGUCUCAGGAAAAUAACGGGACGGAGAGCAACGAGGACGAGAGUAAAGGCUCACCGUCCAGUGAUCUAAUAGGAAUUCUGAAGAAGAGAAGAGCUCACGAGGAGGCCAGAGCCAGAACUCAACCCCAAACUGCUCGCAAAGCUUUGCUGGCACCACCGGUUAAAGAAGGAGCGCCGCCAGAACCUCUGCCAAAUUCAGUAUCAGAGAAAGGUAAACUGAACCGGAGGGUUUGUGUUCACUGUAACGCCACGUUCUACAGCGGCGUCGCCCUGUCCAAUCACCUGCGGGCGUACCUGCGCCGGAAACAAAACGCCCUCCUGGAAGGAACAACGUACGACUGUAAGAAGAAGCAGCGCUCGAGAUCCGGCUCUAAGAAGAAAACGCACCUUUUAUCACAGACUCCUGAGGAUCUGUACAGACUCACCUGCAGGUUCUGUGAUCUGGUCUUCCAGGGCCCGCUGUCGGUGCAGGAGGACUGGGUGAAGCAUCUACAGAGACACAUCAUGAACACGGCCGUACCGCACACGGGCGCCGCCAUGGUGGAGGUCACCGGCCUGACCGGUCUGACCGGCCUCCCGGACGAGCCGAACACACACGCGCAGCCUCAGACGUCCGUAUGAGGACGGGACCAGACGCACACGCAGGCGGGCGGGGCCGAGCGUACCGGUUCAUGAAUUUCCUCUCGGCAGCACGCGGUGACGCGGCGGUUUUUAUACGGACGGUUCCACGUCCUGGUGUUUUAUACAUUUCAGUACUUAAUGAGACCAAGACACCAAAACACAACUGUUACCUCAGACGCCUCACACACACACACACACACACACACACACACACCUACAGGUCGGGUUUGGUUAAAGCCAGAGAACAAACACGCUACACAAACAUGUAUGAGAGAUCUGAACCGGUUGGAACUUUUAGUCCUGUUGAACCUGUAAAGAAAAUAAAUAGUAGAAAUAUUUCAUUAUAAAAGGUUUGAUUUCUCUGAUUUACGUUAAAAUGGUCUGGUAUUAUUUGGGGAGUGUGUGUUCCUAUAGUGUUUUUGUUAUAACUAGGCAUGUUCCGACGUUACAGAGAAAGGGGUGUACCCGGACGCACCCUAAUACUCCAUUCUGGUUUAAUCUGGUCUGUUUUUGUGAUUUUUUCCCCUCAGUUUUCAUCCCUAUUUAUCCGUAUCGCGCACGGAGAGUCGCGCACUGCUCUCCAUUAUUCCCCGUCUGUGCAGUGCCAUCCAUCAGCCAGCAGAGGUCGUAACUGCAUCAGUUUAUGAGGUUUAAAACAUCUGUAUAGGUUUUACGAGUGCCCCCCUAAUGCUCUUGUCCUUUUACACACUGUGAAUCCGAUACAGCCUUUACUGCAGAUAACGACGUCGAACCUGCAACCCUCUCCAGGGAAUCAUAAAUUUAUGGACAGUAUUGAAAAUCGUGUCAUGCCUAGUUAUAACCACACGGGUUUUAAUCCAGAUUCCGUUCACACGUCCUGCCGUCUCAUUCGGACCGUCGUACAUCGACCUGUGACGUCAAGUCAUGCUGAGAGCGAUCGAGCGAGCCGUGAACUGUUACUCGUGUCCACGUUUAUUUUAAACUCUUAUUUUUGUUAUGAAAUAAUUUAUGUCCAAAUGUAAAGUUUUUGUUGUCGUGCAAAAAAUAAAGACGUUUUUUGAUGUCUCUGA